AUGGAGGAAAAGCUUGGGGAAGCUCCUAACUCCAAUGAAGAAGAUGAAGUGAGGUGGUGCAGCUCGUCGGCGUCGAUCUCCGGGGUCUUCCGGCGAUGCUCCGGCGAAGGAGAAGAGAUGAUUCAGCACAGGCCAUAUGACCAGAAAGUUGAUGUCUAUAGCUUUGGCAUUGUGCUGUGGGAGCUUAUAACCGGCAUGCUCCCUUUUGCUAACAUGACAGCAGUACAAGCCGCUUUCGCUGUGGUGAACAAGGGCGUCCGCCCAGCCAUACCCCAGGACUGCCAGCCCACCCUUGGCGAGAUCAUGACAAGGUGCUGGGAUCCAAACCCUGAUGUCCGUCCGCCGUUCACUGAAGUUGUCCGGAUGCUGGAGCAUGCUGAGAUGGAGAUACUGAGCACCGUCCGCAAGGCUCGAUUUCGGUGUUGCAUCUCCCAACCGAUGACUACCUACUGA